UCUUGACUAAUUUCAGCUUAAGAAAAAUGUUAAGCCAUUUAUGCAGCGAUAGUGCUACGAUGUUUUGUCCAUUCCUAGUGGCGCAAGUUUAAAAUUAUUUUGAUGACACUCAAAACUGAUUAACCAGGUAAAUUCGCAUUUAUCAUAAAAAAACUUACUAGCGUAUAUUUGCAAUGUCGAAGAACGCGCGAAAACUCGAGUGGUGUUCUCCAAAAUUAACAGCUAAACGGAAGUGCUUAGAUAAAAAGCGAAUAAAUGCUGUGCUCCAAACGGAAAAUUUAUUCUGGCCUGAAGAUGACGAAGAUAGUUUUUUCACAGCUUCUAAAGUGAACUAUGUAAUAAAUAAUAAAAUUAAUACUCAUAGCCUUGAGAAAAAUGAUACCAACUUACUUUGCUCUCAAGUGACUAUGGGUGCCCAUCAGGAAAUAACCCUCUUUGGAACACAGCAAAAUAGCUUAAAAUUAAGCAACUUUAAGGAAGAUACUUUUUUUUCUAAAUCUGUAUUGGAUACUGUGAUGACUGAAUAUGAGGAAAUUGUUGAAACCAAGAAUGAUAGUUGUUUACCAGAUAAUUGCCACGACGAUAAGAGCGUCCUAACUGUAUCUGCAGUGGAAAAGUUAAUAAGCUACAGUCCACUAGAGCUUUUUACCAGCAUAAAUCAAAACAGCAUGACAGAUAAAACACCCUUGGAAGACACAGCAUUAUUAAAUAUGGAAAGCAGUAAUAACUUUCAUCAAGGUAGAGCUGAUGAGAGCAUAUUUAAUACCAUUAAUUUACACAGUGAGCAAAAGACUGGAAGCCAAAAGCAACUUAAGUUCGAUGACACCAUAUUUGCGAAUAUUAAUAUAGAAGAUCUGACGAAAGACGAGGAUAAAGAACUUUUUGUAGAAAAUAUCCAAGAUGAUGCGGGAGUUCAAAACUCUCAAAGAUUCCUAGAUGACGUUGCAAUAUUUAAAGUGCCUCAUGCUCCUGCACCAAUUAGCUGUAAGGCAGGACAGAAAAUCAAAGUUCCCCAGCGCGACAAUUUUGUUAGUGGAUCGCAGUACACAGUGCACAGUCAUUUAUCAAAUAUUACAUCUAUUGCUAAUCUAUCUCGACUGGACUGGGACUCUCAGGCAUUUUCAGAUAAGAUAGAAAACGAUUUUCCAAGCAAAGGUGCAUUCUUUGGACUACCGGACAAAGUUAAACGUAUGAUUUUCGAAUAUAAAGGCAUACAAAGUUUAUACGAGUGGCAGGAGGAAUGCUUGAAUCUGCCAGCUAUUCAUGAGCGCAGGAACUUAAUCUAUGCCCUCCCAACAAGCGGCGGAAAGACACUUGUUGCCGAAAUAUUAAUGUUGCGCGAGGUGUUGUGCCGUGAAAAGGAUGUACUUUUCAUACUGCCUUAUGUCUCAAUAGUACAAGAAAAGGUCAGCGCUAUGUCUCCAUUUGCAAUCGCAAUGAAUUUUAUUGUGGACGAAUAUACCGCCGGGAAGGGAAAAUGUCCACCAAUGAAACGGAGAAAACGAAAAAGUAUAUUUAUAGCUUCGAUUGAGAAAGGUGCUGUUUUAAUAGACAGCUUAAUUGAGGCGCAACGUGCGGACGAAAUAGGUCUGAUUGUGGUCGACGAAUUGCAUCUGAUAGGCGAAAAGGGACGAGGGGCUACAUUGGAAGCUUUGCUUACAAAAAUUAUGUUCAUAGAUGUAAAUAUUCAAAUCGUCGGCAUGAGUGCCACUAUCGGAAACCUGGAAGAAGUUUCUAGCUUUUUAAAAGCAGAUGUAUAUACACGCAGCUUUCGACCUGUUGAGUUGAGGGAGUUUCUAAAAUGUGGCAACGAUAUUUUGGAGAUUAAUACAGCAGGCAAAACACUGGAUGAAGUGUUUGUUUACAGUCGUAAUGUAAAUUUCAAUUACAGCGAAUCUUUAUCACGUUCCGACCCGGAUCAUCUAGCUGGAUUGGUAGCAGAAUGUGCUCCUGAGCAUUGUGUGCUGGUGUUUUGUCCAUCGCGGAAAAAUUGUGAGAAUGUUGCUUUGCUUUUGAGUCGCAUUUUACCGAAAAAAUUUGUGCAACAUCGAAAACGUGAAAAAGAAGAUUUAAUGGAUGCUUUGGAUAAGGUAUGUGGUGUGCUUGGGGACGUCUUGGCUAAAACUAUUCCAUAUGGCAUAGCCUAUCAUCACUCGGGCCUUACCAUUGAUGAACGGAAGUUUAUUGAGACUGCAUAUCGUUUUGGUGUAUUAAGUGUAAUUUGUUGCACAUCGACUUUGGCGGCGGGUGUUAAUCUUCCCGCAAAGCGUGUUAUCAUACGUGCACCCUAUGUGGGUUCGGAAUUUAUGACUCUUUGUAGAUAUAAACAAAUGGUAGGGCGUGCUGGACGUGCAGGCAUGGGUGAGGCCGGUGAAAGUUUUCUAAUUACAACAAGUCGAGACAAUAUUCGUGUUGGCGAUAUGCUUUUUUCGCCUAUGGAUAAAGCAAUAACUUCUUUAGAUUACGAAGAUUGCAUAGGUUUACAGAGUCUGGUUAUAAGUGCAAUCGGUUUAGAAAUUGCUAACUGCCGCACAGACUUAUAUCGUCUUGUAGGUUGCACUUUGCUUUCUGUACAAGCCAAUCAACUAGGACUUUCGACAGAACAAAUGGUUCUUAAACUUAUUCGUGAAAUGUUUAAACACAAAGUAUUGGAAUUGUGCGCAUCGGUGGCAUCCAAAAAGGACAUCCCAGACAUACUUACCACACAAGACGUUCAAAAUGUAAGCAGUCGAACAUCUCAUGAGCAUCGCCGGCUUUUCAUAAGCAAAUCGACACGCUUUCAGCUUACAAAUAUUGGUCGUGCCGCUUUUAAGGCAGGUAUUGAUUAUAAACACGCCUUUGCAAUACACGCGGAGCUGAAACUCGCGCAAAAACAACUAAUAUUAACGAACUAUGCACAUCUACUGUAUCUAGUAGUGAGUUUCAAUUCGAAAGCAAAAGGUGAUGAGUUAUUUCCAGCGGAAGCUGGUAUACUUUAUCGGGUAUAUAUGUCAUUAGAUGAUACUACGCAAGCCCUCUUCAAACUUCUCGGCUUCACCGAAGCGGUUGCAGUGAAAAUGGCAAAGACGAUGUCCGUUCAAGGACCACUGGAACUAAAAUUGAAUCGUCUCUACAAAGUGUUGGUUUUGAUCGAUAUUUUAAAUGUACUACCUUUGCAUGUAGUAGCGUCAAGAUAUAAAGUAGAACGAGGAAUGUUACAGACGCUCAUAAAUCAAUCAACUGCAGCGGCCAGUGCAAUAGUGCGGCUCUGUGAGCAAUUGGAUGCCUUUUGGUGUUUUAAAUCACUGUUUGAGCGGAUAAGUGCGAAAUUGGAUCGGUGUGGUACAAUGGAGUUAGAACCAUUACUUGAUUUGCCGGCCGUAAAAAUAAAUCGUGCUAAACAGCUUUAUAGUGCGGGCUUCAAGACAAUUGAAGACAUAGCUAAAUGUAAACCAAUUGAUUUAGUGCGUUUGGUGGAACAUAUGCCAAUGAAAAUUUCGAAGGAAAUUAUCUCGGCUGCAAAGAUUAUACUAAUGAAGAAGUUGGACUACCUAGAGGAAGAGGCAGAAGCAUUGAAAAUGUGUCUGACAUAGGACAUCUGUGGAUAACUUUAUCAUUAGAAAGCAUUUAUGAAAAAAAUGUGUUUAAAUUAUGAAACAAUUGAUGGUCUUAUACAUAGAUAUCAUUAUUUUUAUUUAUUGCUUUUUAAUACAUUUCGCCUUUUCAUCAGCGCAAUGCGUGUACAUACAUAUAUGUUAUUAUUAAUUUCUUAUUGUUAAAAUUUCACCAUGUAAUUUAGAAAUUCUCAACAUAGAAUAUUAAUUUUAAAAUAAUUAGUGUACACAAGGCAAUGCUUGUAAUUUGUAACUUUCGGAACGUAGUAAUUUUAAGCUUAAGAUACGUUUAAAAUAGCGUUUUCCAAUGUGUUAUAAUUGUACAAAAUAAUUUACAAAGUAUACAUUACGUAAUAAGAUAAUCCGGAAAACAAAACUAGUCGAAAUCGCUAGGGAACCAAUGGAUUUACUGGGUACCAUAAUAAUCAAGGCGAAUUCAUAUAUAAUUUAUAAAUUAUAUAUGAA